CCGCAUCUUACGAUGCUUCUUACAUCUUAUUGACCUGAAAGUACACAACAUAAAUAUCCCAAAGCAAAAUGGAAAUCCACGUCGUAUCUAAACAAGACAAUUCACAGCACAGAGUGAUCCCAUUCUCGUCGCUCGGCGUCUCUGCGCUGAACCAAUUGACAAAUUCCCCAACUCAUGUCCGUGUUCGUCCAGCUGUGAUCAGCCUUAGUUCAAAUAACCUUAGUUAUGCACGUGGCGGUACCCUUCUUCAUUGGUGGGAUGCAUAUCCAGUCCCGAACACUGAAUCUAUCAAGUCGGCGGGCUGGGGGAUUGUUCCUGCCUGGGGUUUUGCAGUCGUAACUGAAUCCACUACACCGGGAAUCAGCCCAGGCGCGGUUCUAUGGGGUUUCUGGCCUACGGCAGACGUACCAAUAGAUCUGAAACUCGAACCUAGUCAACCCGACGGCCACUGGAGUGAAGUCAGCGAGCACCGAAAACUGUUAAUGACUAUAUACAACCAAUAUGUUGUCAAUCCGCUAAUAAACUUUCCCGUAAAAAAUCCCGCCAAUAUGACUGAUUUAGGCUGGGAAGCCCUAUUUCGUCCAAUUUGGCAGACAGGAUACCUUCUUAGUGAAUAUGUUUUCUCAACACGAACAGUCACGAAUAAAUUGCAUGGUCAAAUUAAUCCUAUUCAUCCGCUAGGGAUCGAUCUGCCUUGGACUCAGGAAGACGCAGAUUUAUCGCAAGCUUUUCUAAUCAGUUUAUCUGCCUCGGGAAAGACCGCGCGCUCAUUCGCUUAUCAUGUCUUUAAGAGACCUGAGGGAUCCGGCCCAGUCAAGUUUUUACAAGUCACUCAGACCCCGAGUCUAAUUGAUAGCAUUGGCAAUAAGUUAGGGUCAGCGGUACCGUCGGAUACCAUUGCGUAUGAUAAUUUGCCAAAGACAUUGGAUGGUGCAAAUACGCUACCGGGUUGGUUGCCUCAGGAUACGCCAAAGAAGGUCAUUAUUAUGGAUUUUGGAGGCAGGGAUUCUUCUCUACAGCAUUUGCUAGAGGUUCUAGGGAAAUACUAUCCAGAUGCGGGCCCGAAAAUUGUAAUUUUACAAAUUGGUAGUCAACAAAAGAUUUACACAAGUGAAGAACUGCAAACAACUCGCGAAGACAUGACUCGACUAGGCAAAAUUCAGGUCAACACAUCCGGCAUUCGGGAUGCGGCUAUCCGUGCGGUUGGAGCGGAAACAUACUAUCAGAAAGUAGAUCCUGUCUGGGAUGACUGGUUGAAAGUCAGUCAUUCAAUAAUGCCUGAUCUGCAAAUCGUUUGGGGCGAUGGGGUCUCUGGAGAAAAAGGGGUUGAAUAUGGAUGGAAGAGGAUCUGUGGAGGAGAGGUUGGUGCGCAGGAAGGGUUGGUAUAUCGGUUGGGAAUUGCAAGUGAUAAAUAACUGCGUUCUCUAGUCUAAUGGGACUAGAUAUAUCGAACCAUUCUCUCUACCUUCAUCGACUACUAUUUGGCGUUGACAGAACAGCUACGAAUGACAGACACCCAAUCCAUAUCAGUUAUUCAAAAGCCUAAACUUCAAAUUACAUACAGAACAGUGUCAAUAGCGUACGAGUCAUAGUCUAGUUGAGCCAGUGGAAUUGCCAUUAUAUAUUCUAGUUCAAA